AUGGCUACCUUCUCCAAACCCCAAUUAAAUAACUCUCAUUCUUCAACGGAAAGCUCCAAUUUUGAAACGUCAGACAACCAACCCAUGUCGCACGACUGGUAUUCCGAAGACAACGGAGUAUACAACAGCAGACACCCACGAAUUAACCUCCCUUCAGACCCAUUUCUCGAUGUCGUUUCCUGCGUAUUCUCACACAAACACAACGGAAAAACUGCACUCAUUGAUGCAGCAUCCGGGGUUUCAAUUUCGUACGCAGAACUCCAACCGUUGGUGAAAUCAAUGGCUAAUGGACUUCACCACCACAUGGGUGUUUCAAAAGUUAAGCAAGAUGACACCGCUGCGAUUCUUUAUUCAUCAGGAACUACCGGCGCAAGUAAAGGCGUAGUUUUAACUCAUAGAAAUUUGAUUUCUGGGGUUGAGCUUUUCGUUCGAUUUGAAGCUUCUCAAUAUGCGUAUCCCCCUGAAGACAACGUGUAUUUAGCUGUUGUACCCAUGUUUCAUAUCUAUGGACUUACACUUUUCACUAUGGGGAUUCUUUCAUUGGGUACUACGAUUGUUGUUAUGAGAAAGUUUAAUGUUGAUGGAAUGGUGAGGUCUAUAGAUAGAUAUGGAGUCACUCAUUUUCCCGGAGUGCCCCCAUUGGUGACUGCGUUGAGUAGGAUGGGAAAGGGUAGUUCUGGUAAAAGUAAAACCUUGAAGAGCUUAAAGCAGGUGUCUUGUGGAGCUGCUCCUUUGAGCACAAAAACUAUAGAGGAGUUUAUGCAAUAUUUUCCUCAAGUCGAUUUCAUUCAGGGUUAUGGCAUGAGUGAAUCGACUGCUGUGGGAACACGUGGAUUCAACACACGAGAUGUUCAUAAUUAUGCAUCGGCUGGACUUUUGGCUCCAAAUAUGGAAGCUAAAGUGGUGGAUUGGGUUACUGGUUUACAUCUGCCACCUGGAAAAACCGGUGAACUUUGGUUACGUGGGCCCGCUAUAAUGAAAGAAUACUUGAACAAUGUGGAGGCAACUUCUUUGACUAUUGAUAAGGAAGGUUGGCUACAUACAGGAGACAUUGUCUAUUUUGAUAAAGAUGCAUAUUUGCAUAUUGUUGAUCGUUUGAAAGAGAUAAUAAAGUACAAAGGGUUUCAGAUUGCUCCUGCUGAUUUAGAGGAUGUUCUUACAUCUCAUCCAGCCAUACUUGAUGCUGCAGUAACAGGAGCUAGAGAUGAGGAAGCAGGAGAAGUUCCAGUUGCAUUUGUAGUGAGGAAGCCUGGAUUUGAAGUUACUGAAUCCAGCAUAAUUGAUUUUGUAGCAAAACAGGUGGCGCCAUACAAGAAGGUGAGAAAAGUGAUGUUCAUGAACGUGAUACCAAGGUCUGCAGCUGGAAAGAUACUAAGGAGGCAAUUAAAGGACAAGUUAUAUUCGAGAAUUUGAUGAUUUAAAAAUAUUUCAUUUAUUUUUUAUGCAAUUCUUCAAGUGUGUGGCUUAUAAAAUAUAAACCCUUGAGUCGGGUUGACACGGGUUUAUUUUUUUGUAAUGUGAUCAACAUUCAACAACAAUGUUGGAAUUUAUUGGAAUAAAUAG